GCGGUUUUGUCCCCGGUCUUGCCCGGACCGCCCGUUUGCGGCCCGCCUCUUGCACGCUCGGACCCGCGCUUUCGCCUCGGGUCCCCAGCGUGGGGUGCUCACUGAUACGAAGGUAUGUACCUUCGUACGUAGCUAGGAAUGAAGGUACCUUCGCACCUUCGUACCUGUUACGACGACGGCACCUUCGUUCCAACCCUUAACAUAACGAAGGUACAAGACACACUGCUGCGCGCGCGCCCACACCAUCAACGACCCAAGACACAUCUACUCCCACAUCCUCCGGACGAGAACAGGCAACUCCGGCGGAAGCAGCAACAGGACGCACGACAGAACCUACGCCGUUCUCGCACGCCACGCAGCCCGCGCAGGCUUCGCAGUGUACACCGAGCAACGCGGCGUCAUACCCGCACACCACACGCGCACCAACGGCAAGAUCCCCGACUUCACCAUCGCAAGGGAAGGAGGCGCCCUCGAGUCCGUCGACUUCACCAUGGCCACUGUCCUCAGUUGCACCCACGACGCCACCAAGCCCACCCCAGCCCGACACAACCGAGAACGCGCCAACACCCACGCAGGCGUCGGCAUCAAGAUCUCCGAGGCCAGAAAGACUCUCGAGUACCCCCGCGAACUGCCGGCCAACAACAAGAUCACCAUCAUCGCCACCGAAUGCACUGGGCGCUUCAGCAAAAGCGCUCUCGAAUGGUGCGAAGACAUCGCGAGACACCAAGCAGAACGCCAACGCCCGCUGCACCUCCCCGGCCAGAACACCACCAACGAGCAAGGCACAUACGACCCCGAGGCCAUCAAGAAGUACCACUACAACGUCGCCGAAACACAACUCGAGCUCCACAGACAAAACAUGGAGUGGUGCAUCGGAACCAUCGCAAAAGCACGCCACAGACACGUCGACGUCGAGCCAGAGUUCGACGAGAGACCGGACAUGAUCUGGGGCUAAACACAAACCCGAAAUCGCCAGUCUAAAUUAUCUGUAAUCAAAAAGAAAAUACAUAUCAUCUAUCGUAAUAACACUUAUAUAUUAUAUAUUUAUAUAUAUAUAUUAAGAUCUUACGAAGGUAAUAAUUAAUAUAUGAAGGCAUUUAAU